CCGCCGAGAGGAUCCUCCUUGGGCUUGGGAAUAUGUCGGCCGGCUCCGUCGCGGAGCACAGCGGCGUGGCGCAGCGGUGCCCCGGCACGGAGCGGUGGGGCGACUGGCCCAGUCCGGUCGGCCUCACCCUCGGCAUCCUCGCCGCGCUCGCCGGCCAGGUCGCCGUCAUAGUGUACCACUAUGCGCGGAUGCGCUGGAGCCGCGUGCGGCGGGUGCAGAGCGAGGCGCGGCCGUACGCGUUUGGCGAGGGGGUGGCGUCGCACCUCGCCAACCCGGGCGGCAUCCUCCUCAUGGUCUUCUACCUCUGCGCCUACUGGCUUCUCGACCUGAUGCCGUGCUCGUACUACUCGUUUGCUGGCGGCGUGCGGUGGUGGAUGGUCUUUGCGCAGAUCUGCUGCCAGGAUGGGCUGAUGUUCCUGCUGCACUACUUUGAGCACAAGGGCCCGCUCGGCCCCGCCUUCUACCAAAAGUCGCACAAGCCCCACCACCGCUUUGUGAACCCUCGGCUGUUUGAUGCGUUCGACGGCUCGGUCCCGGACACGUUCUGCAUGAUCCUGGUGCCGCUGGCGACGACGGCGCAGCUGCUGCACGCGAACGUGUGGGAGUACAUGCUCUUCGGCUCGCUCUGGUCCGCCUGGCUCUGCCUUAUUCACAGCGAGGUGCACCACCCCUGGGACCCGCUCUUCCGCCUGCUCGGCCUCGGCACCGCCGCCGACCACCACGUACACCACCGCACCUUCAUCUACAACUACGGCCACACGAUGAUGUGGUGGGACCGCCUUUUGGGCACGUACCGCCCACCCGACGCGGUGGGGGUCUUCAACAAGAGCGGCGAGGGCGAGCUGCUCGGAGGAACAGGAUUACGCCCCGCGCGAAAGGCACCCCCUUCCCUCCCCCCCUUCCCGCUCGGCAAGCCGGACAGGCUGGCCGAGGCGGCCGUCUACGCCGGCACGCGGGGCGAGGCGGGCAAGGCGGUGGUGGAGCACGCGGGUGCGGGAGCGGCGCCGAGGCGGAGGGAGCGGGUUGAGCCGGGCGCGCGCGCGCACGAGGACUAGGCGACGGACACGCGUCUUGUCUGUCGCUGCACUACUCUGCAGGCGAGCUGACUGUGCGGCUGCAGAGAGUCGUUUUCCGCGGGGUGGCGCGGAGACGUUUUGCUUAACUGUGCGAGCAGCCCGGCCGGUUGCGCCGUUGUCGUUUUCCGCCGCACCCCCCCCCGGCCACAAUCUCAAUCAGUAACAACACAACCAUGACAUGUACAACAUGUAGCGACUAGCGUCUACCAUAGGUGUAGAGAGGGGGGCUUGAUAUGGUGGUAUGUGGUAACACUCGAGGCGUAUACACGCUUUUAAUAUUUAC